AUGGUUCAGCGCUCUCUCACAGAGCAAGUUGAAGAGAUUGCCUUCGCGCAGUCCGCGCUGCCCGCUGCGUUAACCUCUGAGAAGCUCAAAGUCAUCCUAUCUAGCUUGGAGGUAAAAGAUAUGAGAGAGAUAAAAAGGAGGGGAGGUCACCUCUUUGGUGCCGGUUCUAUCUGUGCCCAGAGUAGCAGUUCUCUCGUCACACAGGGGUGCCCGUCUCGUUCACGCGUGCAGAGCAGCUUCGUCGCCGCCGCUGCACACUCAGAGCUUGGAAUGAUGAUGCACUGGUUUGCCAGCGCAGUUGUAGAAUUGUUUGAAGAUGGGGUAAAGAAUGGCGUAGCGUUUCCACAGCAGUGGGAGGAGUACGUGCGGCAGCACCCCUCCCUAACCAAACACACAUUCGAGCUGCAGGGAUUUAGUGUGCUGUACUCCUACUUGAUGUGCCAGCUCGCUGUUGUGGAGGGUGCACUGAGUGAAUGCGGAUUGAGUGGCGAGUAUAGCGCCGCUAUGGCGACAGCAGCGCCGCCGCGUCUCCACGGAAGCAAAGAAAACACUAACAUGCUUGGCGGGAUUAAGGAGCACUGUGAAUUCACAGAGGUGACCAGACCGGGAGGCGUUGUUGAGCCACGCGCUGUUGAUAGUGGUACCGCCCGGAAAAGGGUAACAACAACGAGUGACGCAUUUAGCCAUCGCAACGUCUCUGCAUCGUUGGCACAGCCGCCUUUGACUUUGGCGUUAGCGACGGGGCACUUGCAAUCAGGGUGGGACGACAUUGGAAGGAAGACUACGUCAGAUAAAACAAAGCUUCCACCACUCAUUCCGGUGAUGUCGUCGUCGCUACCACCCACUCGAUGCAAUCAGCUGCCCCAUAUGGCUAUUCUCCCCCCACAGAAGAAACAGCCGCAGAAGCAACGAGGGAGGCAUGAUGGGGGCUCAUCGCCCAAAGAUGGGAAGGACCCUCUACUAUAUCCUCAACGUCGGGUGAGUGAUAAUUUAGCCCUCACGAGUCUCCACAUUCAUCCCUUCAGCACACGGGCAAAAAAAGGGGAGGGCGAGAAUGGCACUGCUCGUCUGGAGCGUGCAGUCAGUGGGAGUGGCGCUCAUAGCCCGCAACGCUCCUCAUUUGGCGGGCUGCCGCUAAAUGAGGGGACGGGCCCCAAUGUAGGGCGGCUCUCCGAUGCUCGCCCCUCUCCUCUUCGGGUGGAAGACAUUGAACAAGAGCUACGGUCCCGGGAGCUUUGUAAACUAUAUGGUGUGAAGAAGAUUGUCAAUUACUCGAAGCGUGACUUGCAGGAAUAUAACGCUAAUAUGCCGGUGCUGUGGGACGUGUUGGAUGCAGAAGACGACACAGCAGACGCCACGUAG